AUGGACAGCGCCGCCACGGAGCGGGGAGCUCGUCUGGCUCCGAAGGCCCCGAUUUCUUCUCCGUCCGCGGCUGUCUCGCCUUCCAACGUGGAGUUGUUUCCUGUCCUCGCGUCUUCUCUCUCCGAGGCGAAACUCCCCGACAAACGCUCUCUCCUCUUUCUGCACGCGAGUCCGAUGGAGACUUCUCUCCCUUCGCCGCCCGGCUGUUUCUCGCGCCGGCGCUCCCUCGAAGCUGCGCAUGCCGAACAAGACCCGCCCCGGAACGUUGCAUGCGUUGAAGACCGAGAAGGCCUCUCCCACCCUGCCAGCUUCGACGACCCUCAAGGGGCGUUCAGGGCGGCUGCGCCUUCGCGCGACCAGGCGGAACUUCUUCAGAUCCAUCAGCGUCUCCGAGAGGAGGCGCUCCAGCGCCAGAGAGAGGGACACAGCUCGGAAGCGGGCGCGCCGCCUGCGGACGUCUCUCAGGAGAGUGCGAAGACGUACCACUACGUCCCUAACGCUCUCGCCCACGGUCCUUCUCACGCUGCGGAGAACCGGUCUCCGCACGGACUCCCGCAGUCCGUCGCGCCGGCGCACGCCGCGCGCCCUCUUUUUACGGGCAACUCGCCGACUUGCUUCUCUUCGGGGCCUCGCGCCGAAGGUCGAACCGAUGGGGCGUGGACGGAGACGGGCGGCACUCGGACUUGGGUUGUCUCCGAGCCCCGCCCAGCGGCGUCUUCGGGGACCUACGCCUCUUCGGUGCAGGCUGCGCCACCUGCGCUCGCUCCCAGUCUCUACGUGCAGCCGAUGGCUUCAGUCGACCCGCAGAAACACACGCGUCUUGUGUCGCCUGCCUUCGCAUCUGCGCUGGCGCCCACCCUCGAACAGAGGUACGCAGUGGGUGCGCCUGCCUCCUGUGCGAGCACAACGUCAGGGAGCAGCGCCUACCCCUCGAGUCUCCGGCGCGAGGCGCCGAUGUCCAGAAGCCGAGUGAUGGUCAGAGACAGCGGGACGGGCGCGUAUCUCAGCCCUGCGCGCUCCCCAGACGGCCCGUUCUCUCGCGCCGACGGGGGCCGGGGGGCGGCGACCAAGGAGCGCCGCAGAGGCCGGAAGAAGCGUCUGUGGGGCGGGAGGUGGGGCGAGAAGCUCCAGGCGUUCUACGAGAGCGGAGAGAGCGAAUGCGACAGCGCCGGGGGAGAAGAUACGCAGGAGGCCGAGACACACGUGGGAGAAGCGACGGUUUCGGGGUUCGCUGGCGAGGCCCCGACGUGGACCAGUCCCUCCGUGGUGUCCACGCUCUUCUCCGUCUUCUCGAAUCCCGAGAGAGCCGCGUCGCGGGACUCCCGGGUGUCUGUACACCCGAUGAGUCCCAUCCAGGGAGCCCCCGCGGGACCGCGCCCGGACGCGCACCUUCUCUCCGCGUUUCCCUGCGAAACUCCCAGGCAGGCGCACUCUGGGAGUCCGGCGCACCCUCGCGUCCUGAGCGACGGCCAGGUGUACAUUCCGGGGACCGGGGACUUCCGCGUUUCUGCGUUGGCGGCGUCUGCUUCCGGCAGUUCCCAGGCGGUGUCUGUCGCGUCUCCCACCUUCGCUGCGCGCGGCCACUCCCCGUCAGCGGCGUCGCGCUCGAGGGGCGGCUACCUCCCCUCAGGGACGUCUCCGCGCGUCUCCGGAGUCGAGCGCGGGAGGUCUCCGGGUGUCCCCGACCCCGGAGCGCGCUUCGGCGCCGCCAGUCCCGUGCAGCCGAGGAGGCGACGCAGACAGAGGAAGGCGAAAGGGGGAGACGGGGCGAAGCGGAGUUUCUCAGAGACUGCAGGCGCCGUCGCAGCAAAUGCAGGCGCGGCCGUCGUAGGCGCCAUCGGAGGCUUUGUGGGGGGCGUGGUGGACCACAUCAUCGAGAGUCACUCGGAGGCGUCUCGGUCACGGAGUCCGAGAGAUUCGUCCCUUUUCAGCUCGGCCUCUGAACACGGUGCAAGAAGUGGAGACGAGGCAGACGGGUUCGCACAUCCGCAUGCGGCCCUCGAGCCUGUCCCUCGCUUCGACCUCCAGACCGGGAACCGCCUGCAGAACCCCGGCGCCUUGACCGCAGCUGCAGCGCUGUCGGGUGGCCUUCCAGCCCCCUGGCAGGGCGCGCCAGGUUUUGGCGGAUCAAGCAACCCGGGGUCCGUGCUUCCUGGCCUCAGCCGCCAAGACUCGCUCGCUUCUGCCCACGGCGCGCACGCCCCAGGGCUCCUUCCACGCGCCGCCGUCUCGCCGUGUCUCCAGACGGGUGUCUCUGCGUCGGUGUGUCCCUCUGUCGGGGCGUCGGUCUCAGGCGCCUCGGCACCCGGCCAGCCGGCGCUUCCUCUGCGUGCGCCGCUUCCGUUCCCCCGGUCCGCUGCGCCGCCGUCGCUGACGGUCGAGGAGAAAGGCAGAGCGCUCGGAAACAUCACGGCGUCCGUCGUGCUCGAAAACCUCUCGCUCACAGCGCGGUCGCUCUUGCAUGUCGCCUCCGUCGCGCCGGGGCUCGCCGCGUCAGUCGCCCUCGCCGCCGCCGAUGUGGUGAAGGCAGUGAAGCGUGGCAUGGAAGGCGUGGAGGGUGACGACGCGUGGGAACUCGAGCACAAGCUGUCACCGAGGCCGCGAGAGCGAAGCGAAGAACGCGGACAGGAAGAGACGCCGAAGAAGCUCGGAACAGAUCGCGGGGUGCGCGAGGACACGGGAGCAGGAACGGACCGAGACGCCUCGCAGGGGAGAGCAGCGAAGAACGAAUCCGUUGAGGCCGGGACGUGUGGAGACAGCAGCGAGAAGCCCACACCGAAAGGGAGGAAGCAGGCAGCGCAGAGCCGCCGAGCGUCUCCGUCGGCUGGCGCGCGCCAAGUCGAGCAAGGCCGGACCUCCGCGGCUCCUACGCCUUCGGCGCGGCAGGCUUCUCGCGAGAGUUCUCCACGCCAGGCCGCGCAGCAGUCGGACGCGCGCCUCGGAAAACUCCGCGGAGACUCGCCAACCAACUCACCGAAAGACGCCGCUGGAGGCGCCGCCUCGCAGCUGCCGCCUACGGAGACGGAGGCCGCGGAGCUCGCGGCGGCUUUCCGCGAGUGGCAGUCGUUCGGCUUCUUGUGGGACCGCGUGGUGCUCGAGGAAUGCUGCGUGGAGGAGGCGCAGCGUCUGAAGCAGCUGUUUGAUCGCUUUGCGGAGCCGUCGUCGCCGCCGCGCCUCUCGCGCGAAGGCUUUGCGAAACUCCUCGCCGCCUACCCCUGUCUUCCCCCGGAACACCACGACUUCUUCUUCCGGACGCUCGCCCGGAGGAGCGAGGACAGCAUUCUCCUCCGGGACUUCCGCGCCGGCUUCUACGUCGCGCAGCCCCAGUUGCCUGAGGAGGUCGAGCGAGCGAGCGGGAAGCUGCGGCUGCAGUUCGUCUUCAAAGCCUACGACCUCGACGGCGACGGCUGGCUCCAGGAGGAGGAACUCCGUGGCCUGCUGUCUCACCUCCACAGCGCCGGUCUGCAUGCGGAGGACCUAAAAAUCAAACAGGACCGAGACGCUCUGGACAAACUCGUGAAGGGAGAAGCCCAGGUGCUUCUGCAGCGUUUCCCCCGCUUUGGCUACUCGGCCUUCCUCCAGUGUGUGAGAAGCGGCGUCUUCAACGCAACGCACCGUCUUCUCCGCUGUCGUGCCUCGCUUCCUGGCCUCGUCAAGGCGGAAGAACGGACGCGGCGGCGGUCCUGCGCAGCUCGCCCCAGCCCGCAGGUGCCCGCAAAAAGCACUGUGGCCGAGUCGACGCCUUCGCUGGAGGCGCAGAGCCCAGCGACCGCGGUCGUCUCCGCGGCAGCCGCGGCUGUCUCUGCGGCUGCAGCCGCCUCUGCCGUCGCUACCGCCGCAUUCGCUCACGACUGCCCCGAGCGCCGAACCCAACGGCUUUUGCCUGCCUCGCGCUCGCCCUCGCCCGAAGCGGUGCACGGCCAGGGAUGGCCCUCCACAGCGGCGGGCGUCGCCGCCCCAAGAGCCCCAGCUGUGUGUCUCGCAGGCGGCGCCCAACUAGCCGACGCGAGAUGGGUCGGCGCAUACCCCGGGGAGGCUUCGUCGGAAGCGGGCCCGCGUCCUCUAACAACGCCGGAAAAGCCGGUGGCGAAGAAGGCUGCAUAUCCCUCGGUGCCUGCGCAACAGACGCGUGUCGCUCAAAAGAUUGUGCACCACGUGAAGACUUGUCUCCCCUUCGUUUCGCGCGCCGAUCUCGACGCGCGCCUCCCCGCCCUGCUUUCCGUAAACGCGUCCUCUCCGGCGCAUGCAGGCGAUCGAGAAGGCGCUCCCUCGCCUUCCUUUCUCCAAAUGCCGCUCGCAGUCGAAGAGGUGCUCGCCCUUUGCGAUGCCGUGGAGAGGCUCGUCGCCGCCGAGGAGACAGUGAUUGAGCUGGAUGUACCGCUGAAAAUCUACGGAGACCUCCACGGCCACCUCGCCGACCUCCUCGAGUUUUUCGGCUCUUUUGGAUGGCCAGGCGACGAGGACAAACUCACAGAGCAAAUCGAGGAUUUCCUCUUCCUAGGAGACUACGUCGAUCGCGGCCCGUGCAGUCUGGAAGUCCUCCUUCUUCUCUUUUCUCUCAAAGUGUUGAGUCCAAACCGCGUCUUCCUGCUCCGAGGCAACCACGAAGAUCGACAGAUGAAUCGCGUCUACGGCUUCCUGGAAGAACUCGAGCGGAAACUCGGCGGCGACGCAAGCACUCGGGUCUGGGAGAAGGCAAACGAGGUGUUUGACCUUCUUCCACUCGCCGCGCUCGUCCCAGUGGCGGGUGUCUUUUGCCUCCAUGGCUGCUUGGGGGACUCGAUCGAGACGGUCGACGACCUCAGAGUCAUUCAGAGGCCGCUGGAUAUCUCCGUUCUUCAACUCGAUGGGGUCGACGCCGGCGCUCGAGGCGCCUCCGCCGCAGACCACAAAGUACUCGACUGUCUCUGGAGUGACCCGGAGAGACCGCCGGAAAGAGCGGAAGACGCAGCGGGCCCCGCGUCGCCCCGCGGGGGACACGUCGUCAGGAGCUCAGCGGCCUUCAUCGAGGCGUUUCUGGAGCGAAACCGACUGGCGCUUCUCGUCCGGGGUCACGAAUGCGUCGCGCCCGGGUACUGCUACGAUCUGGGUGGACGCUGCCUCACCCUCUUUUCUGCCUCGAAUUAUUGCGGGACCGCAAACAACGACGGAGCGGCCCUCCACAUCUACAGAGAAGAGGAGCCUCUCCCGAAUCCGGACAGACCUCGCCAGCAUAUCACUCGGCACAUCCUUCUCGUGGAGCGCCAGGACCGGUCGCGCGCGGGAGUCUCCGGCCUUCCGCCUCAGACGCGUUUCUCGCCCCAGGGCUUCCCGACGCCGUUGGGGUCUCCUUCUGGGCCGCCCCCUACUCGUCCUCCUCCCCUACACGGCGGCGAGGUGGGGGGAGCGAUGUUCUCCGAACUCACGAGGCUGGCGUCCGAAGCUGCGCGUUCCCCCCUCGGCUCUUCCUCGUUUCCGUCUUCCGCGGAGGCAGCAGCGCUUCUUUCUUCAGCUUUGAGGUCCUCCACGACGGUUCCUCUCACGAGUUCCAGCGCGUUUGGGGAGCCUCCUCUCGCGUCGCCCAGCCAGCACGAGAAGAUCGACGCCGACGGGCCAUUUGGCCCCUCGACGCUGGGGGCGUGGCUAGCCUCCCCGGGUCCCCACAUUGAGAUUCCUUCCGAGUUUCUGUCCUCCCACUCCCCGCCACACUCCCCCCUCUCCUCUUCUCCGCUGACUGCUUCGGGCCCCCGUGCCGCAGCGCGUGCGUCUGCCUCCGUCUCCGCCGCUCUCCAAGGCUCCUUCGGCCUGCCGGCCGCGUCUCUUCACGGAGACGGCUGGGUCUCGCCGCUGUCGCCGGCCUAUCUGGCGGACGGCCUUCGCGAGAGCGGCGCGACAUGGAUGCAGGCUGUCUCUCCCGGGAGAGACACCGCAGCCACAGCCGGACUGGAAGGGGCCGACGCGUCUCCCCCCUCGCCCCGUCCCGCUCACUUGUCCGAGGAGAUGCAAAACGCCCAUCCCCCUUUGCCCGUCGCCUCGCCCCUCGUGCCGAUCCCCACUGUCUCCGAGGUCUUCUCGGAGGGCGAAGAGGGAGGAGACAGGGGUCUGCCUACCCCGCGUCUGGGAGCGCGCGCCGAGACAGAGAUCGGAGGCAGUCGCGGGCCGGCGUUCCCCGGCGCGGACUCGCCAAGCAGCGCUGCGCGCCGCGUUUUUUCUGGGGCGUCCGAGGGAGGCCAGGCUCCAGCGGGGAGGACUCGGCCGAAUCUGCAAGUGUUGGAGCCACCGCACCGCGAGGAAUGCUCGCCCCUGUCUCCGCACUGGCGGGCGGUGCACGGCAUCCUCGCGCCGACCAGCAACCCCGCCGACAGCCGUCUACCUGAAGAGGGCCAUGGUGAAGUCACCGACGGCAGCGCGAGCGGUCCCGGGAGUCCUAGGCGAACGCGGCGGCUGACCAGUCGGUUCGCGCUGGCCGACGUGGACCAUCCAGGGGCUGCGUUGCCGCCUGACGUGGUUCCGCAGUCUCGCCCUCCGGCCUUUUCUCCGCCGUCGUCGAGUCUCGGCGACGACGGGGCGCGCUGUCUCCGUUCGCGGAGCGAAGAGGCCCGCGAGCGCGACCAGCUGUCUCUUUCUGACCGAGACAGGUCGCCCCGCGGCGCGGACCCAUCGGGGUCGCGGGUCUCCUUGGGCGAGUGUAGGGACGACACUGAGAGAGCGACAGCCUCCUCGGCGGCCUUCUCGCGCGGCGGUGGGGGCCGAAGAGCCGCAGGCUGGAGAGGCCCGGAGCCCCGAGGGCGCCGAUCCCUGCCAGCGGGAGGUUCGCGGUGGGGGGGAGAAGAAGACGACCCAGUGGCUGCCGCCUUUCUCGCUGCGGCGCAGGCUGGGCCCUCGCGAAAGCGCGCAGGCAGACGAAAGUCAUUCGCAGGCUAG